CCCGCCACGAUCCUCUACCCCGAGCCUGCAUCACGCCUGCAUCGAGCAGGCACGGGACAUCGCAUCGGCUACACCAAUGGCCUCAACCAUUGGUGCUUCCGGUCCUCGUGGUUUCGAAAACAUCGAGCCACUAACAGGAAACAACUUCCAAACAUGGAAGGACUCGUUGCUAUUGCACUUAGGUUGGCAUGAGGUUGACCUCGCGCUUAGAGAAAGUAAACCAGAGGAACCUCCAAAGGGUGCCACUGGGUAUGCUGAGCUUAAGAAAGCCUAUGACACUAAAGUUGAGCAGUGGGAGAGGUCGAACAGAAUGGCACUCCUAAUUAUGAACUUCUCCAUCUCAACUGAGAUUAAAGGGGCUAUUCCCACUAAAGAAAAUGCCGCCGAAUAUUUGAAAUCGGUGGAAGAACAAUUUAAGGGCUCAGAGAAAGUGUAUGCUGAUGAGCUUUUACACAAAUUGCUUGCAAAAUAUGAUGGGCAAGGAAGUGUGAGGGAACACAUAUUAAGUAUGAGCAAUGCCGCGGCAAAGCUUAAAACCAUGAAGUGUGACUUGAACGAAGAGCUUCUUGUGCUCCUUGUUUUUAGGUCACUACCCUCACAGUUCAAUCCAUUUAAGAUAAAUUACAACUCUCUUGAAACUAAAUGGAAACUACCUGAGCUCAUUGCACAUUGUGUUUAG